GUAGGCAGCUGUGCAUGGUUAUAACUUCGGAUUUUGCUAUGUUAUUUGAUGUUCACUUGCGGGUUUCGUAAUAUGCGGUUUGAGUGAAGAUCUAAAAAGAAAGAGCAUCAUGCAACAACCGUUUGUUCCCGGAGUUGCCGUGGAGCCCACGUCAAGGGUCGAAAUUACCCUCAGUGCCAAGAAUUUAGCCAACAAGGAUUACUUUUCGAAAUCCGAUCCGUUUAUCGUGACUUACGAAUCAGAACCAGGAGUGUUCAAUUGGAGAGAAUGUCACCGAACGGAAGUUAUCAGAGACAACCUCAAUCCGCAGUUCGUCAGAAAAUUGGUGAUGAACUACAGAUUCGAGGCGCAACAAAAACUCCGCUUUGAGGUGAGUAAGGAAUACUUCUUGCUUACCAAGUUUCAGACCUUAUGGAAUGUUAAUUUCUCGAAAGUACAAAAUGAGCUUUGCGCGACGAGGGAAUACUAUCCUGAACUAAUUGGAGAAACAAUAAGGCCGCCCACUGUGGAAAAUUUUCAAAUGAAUGCCGAAGCUUUUGACGAUCUUUUGCGGUUUAUUUGUCAGAUUUACGAUCAGGAUGCCAAUUCAAGAGAUCUAUCAGCCCACGAUUUCCUGGGUGCCGCGGAAUGCCACCUGGGCCAAUUGGUGUCCGCUGGUCAAUUGUCCCUGAAUUUAUGUUCCAAGAGGGGACAAGGAGAUCUAAGUAAUGCAUCUAGUGCGAGCCUCGGUUCUGUCGAGCUCGUUGUGGAGGAGCUGCAGAGUUCGAAACAAACUAUUGAACUGACAUUCCGCGGGCAAAAAUUGGAAAACAGUCGAUGGUUUUCUGGACCGAAUGGUUUUCUAGAGGUGUACAAAUCAACGGAAGGCGGUCAGUUCGUGUUGGUUCAUCGGGGUGACGUGGUGAAAAAUUCCGCGAACCCAUUUUGGAAGAAGUUUUCCAUGAGGGCGACGACUUUGUGCAAUGCUGACUUUGACAGAAACUUGAAAAUCCUUUGUUACGACUGGCAUUCGUCGGGAUCCCAUGUUUUGUUGGGCGGAUUUUACACGACGGCGAAACAACUCUUGGAAGGACCCGGGAUGAGGAAUACUUACGAACUGAUGAACGAAGAAACCAGAAAGAGAAAGAAAGCGUACAGGAAUUCAGGACAAGUUUUCUUGGCAGAUUCAAAGUUGAUUGAAAGACCUUCUUUUUUGGAUUUCAUCCGCGGUGGGACGGAAUUGUUCUGUACCUUCGCCAUUGACUUCACUGCAUCUAACGGUGCUCCCAAGGAAGUUUCCUCGUUGCACAGUAUUAUGCUUGGACGCCCGAAUCAGUACGAAGUUGCCAUUUCUGCCGUUGGUGAUAUAAUUCGAGACUAUGACACAGACAAGCUGUUUCCUGUUCUUGGUUUCGGCGCCAGAUUACCGCCGGAUGGUCGAAUUUCGCACGAAUUUUACGUUAACUUUCAAGCCGACCCUCAUUGUCAGGACAUCGCUGGUGUAUUACAAGCGUACAAACAAUGCAUCGCUUCAGUGCAGCUGUAUGGGCCCACAAAUUUUGCUCCAGUAAUCCAACACGUCGCCAGUUUCGCUCGGAGACACGAAAGAGGCGCGGGUUAUUUUAUUUUAUUGAUCAUCACCGACGGCGCCAUCACUGACAUGCCGCAAACGAAAGAGGCAAUCGUUGAGGCGUCAUCGUUACCAAUGUCCAUUAUUAUCGUGGGUGUGGGAAAUGCGAAUUUCGACGCAAUGGAGGAGCUUGACGGCGACGACGUCCGUGUAUCUUCAAGAGGCCGCUAUGCCGUUCGGGACAUUGUGCAAUUUGUACCGAUGCGAAAAUUUCUGGUUCGUCUUCUUUUAAUAUCGCAUCUGUUGAAAUUGAACCGCCGGAGCGCAGAAAUGGCAUUGUUGUCGCAAGAAGUUUUGGCCGAGAUCCCUGCCCAGUUCCUGGGUUACAUGGAGAGCCAGGGCAUCAGGCCGAACCCACCCAAGACGGGGAUCUUGAAUAUCCCUCAGGAUCCCGAGUUGCUUGAGCACGUAGUCGUUGAUGAAUUCCACUACUUUCCGAGCAGUUUGUUGUGCAAAAUCCGAGGUUGUGUCCAAGACUGUCCAGUCUGUGCAAGGACACCAUUUCGGGUCGAUGCCGGCGUCUGCGCAUGUCCUUGUCCUCGGGACGGGGCGGAAAAGGUUGAGGGCCUGUUUCUUCCUACUUUGCCUUUUCGCGAAGUUGAUUUUUUUGAGUACGAGGAUGUCUUUGAGGGUUUUUGCGAUGUCCAGCGGGGUCGUGAGGAGUUCCGAGUUUUUCUCGAGGUUCCUCACGAUGACUGGAUUGGACUCCCGGAACCACUGCGAAUCACUCUCACUUCAUAUCCACUUCCUCCAGCUGCUGCUUUACCUCAGGUGAAUUUAGCCAACAAGGAAUACUUUUCGAAAUCCGAUCCGUUUAUCGUGACUUACGAAUCAGAACCAGGAGUGUACAAUUGGAGAGAAUGUCACCGAACGGAAGUUAUCAGAGACAACCUCAAUCCACAGUUCGUGAGAAAAUUGGUGAUGAACUACAGAUUCGAGGCGCAACAAAAACUCCGCUUUGAGGUUUACGACCUGGAUGCCAAUACAAGAGAUUUAUCAGCCCACGAUUUCCUGGGUGCCGCGGAAUGCCACCUGGGCCAAUUGGUGUCCGCUGGUCAAUUGUCCCUGAAUUUAUGUUCCAAGAGGGGACAAGGAGAUCUAAGCACUGCUUCUAGUGCGAGCCUCGGUUCUAUCGAGCUCGUUGUGGAGGAGCUGCAGAGUUCGAAACAAACUAUUGAACUGACAUUCCGCGGGCAAAAAUUGGAAAACAGUCGAUGGUUUUCUGGACCGAAUGGUUUUCUAGAGGUGUACAAAUCAACGGAAGGCGGUCAGUUCGUGUUGGUUCAUCGGGGUGACGUGGUGAAAAAUUCCGCGAACCCAUUUUGGAAGAAUCGAUGGUUUUCUGGACCGAAUGGUUUUCUAGAGGUGUACAAAUCAACGGAAGGCGGUCAGUUCGUGUUGGUUCAUCGGGGUGACGUGGUGAAAAAUUCCGCGUACCCAUUUUGGAAGAAGUUUACCCUGAGAGCGACGACUUUGUGCAAUGCUGACUUUGACAGAAACUUGAAAAUCCUUUGUUACGACUGGCAUUCGUCGGGAUCCCAUGUUUUGUUGGGCGGAUUUUACACGACGGCGAAACAACUCUUGGAAGGACCUGGGAUGAGGAAUACUUACGAACUGAUGAACGAAGAAACCAGAAAGAGAAAGAAAGAGUGCAAGAAUUCAGGACAAGUUUUCUUGGCAGAUUCGAAAUUGAUUGAAAGACCUUCAUUUUUGGAUUUCAUCCGCGGUGGGACGGAAUUGUUUUGUACCUUCGCCAUUGACUUCACUGCGUCUAAUGGUGAUCCCAAGGAAGUUUCCUCGUUGCACAGUAUUAUGCUUGGACGCCUGAAUCAGUACGAAGUUGCCAUUUCUGCCGUUGGUGAUAUAAUUCGAGACUAUGACACAGACAAGCUGUUUCCUGUUCUUGGUUUCGGCGCCAGAUUACCGCCGGAUGGUCGGAUUUCGCACGAAUUUUACGUGAACUUUCAAGCCGACCCUCAUUGUCAGGACAUCGCUGGUGUAUUACAAGCGUACAAACAAUGCAUCGCUUCAGUGCAGCUGUAUGGACCCACAAAUUUUGCUCCAGUAAUCCAACACGUCGCCAGUUUCGCUCGGAGACACGAAAGAGGCGCGGGUUAUUUUAUUUUAUUGAUCAUCACCGACGGCGCCAUCACUGACAUGCCGCAAACGAAAGAGGCAAUCGUUGAGGCGUCAUCGUUACCAAUGUCCAUUAUUAUCGUGGGUGUGGGAAAUGCGAAUUUCGACGCAAUGGAGGAGCUUGACGGCGACGACGUCCGUGUAUCUUCAAGAGGCCGCUAUGCCGUUCGGGACAUUGUGCAAUUUGUACCGAUGCGGAAAUUUCUGAAUUUCUUCAAUUCUUCUCUGAAGAACCCGAAGGUCUUGCCGCCGAUCGCAGGAUUGCCGAUGGAGAAGCGGAGCGCAGAAAUGGCAUUGUUGUCGCAAGACGUUUUGGCCGAGAUCCCUGCCCAGUUCCUGGGUUACAUGGAGAGCCAGGGCAUCAGGCCGAACCCACCCAAGACGGGGAUCUUGAAUAUCCCUCAGGAUCCCGAG